AUGAGAACGGAGGUGGAGAUCUAUUGGAAGCCGCCACCUCCCGAGUGGGUCACUCUCAACUCUGACAACUCCAUUCAUACUGACUCAAGCCAUGCUUCGGUCGGUGGCCUGAUUCGAGAUCAUACUGGACGCUGUCUUGCAGCGUACGCGAUUAACCUAGGGAGUUGCUCUAUCACCCGGGCUGAGCUGAGAGGCGCGAUAGAAGGGUUGCAGUUGGCUUGGGACACGGGCCAUCGACGUGCCAGGGUGGAGCUGGAUUAUCUUUGUGCGGUCCAGCUACUUCAGAGUUUGGACGCGCUAGACCACCAGCAGACGGACAUUAUCCAGAGAUUCCGAGAGUUGCUCACCCGUCAAUGGGAAUUUGUUGUUUCCCAUGUUUUUGGAGAGGGGAAUAAGUGUGUUGACCAUCUUGCUAGCCAUGGGCAUUUGUUGCCACUAGGUUACCAUUCCAUGUCCUGUUCUGACCCUGCAUUGCUUAACUACAUUAUGUACGAUUGCCAGGGGAUCUCUGAACCCCGUUUGAUUUUGAAUGAAGGCUGA